UGCGGUAGAGAGAGGCGUUUAGGAAUUGAGUCGAUAAUGAAUUAUAAAAGUCGAGCGUUUGUCCUGGUGCUGCUGCCGAUUCUUAUUUCUGCAUCUGUUGUUUUUCUGAUCGGUUGGUACUACAACUCCUCUGAGAUUAGGGCGACGGUCACUACUAUGGAAAAAGAAGAAGACAUUGUUGUUGUUGUUACAGAGCCGAAGGCGAUUCUCGAGAAAUUUGGAGUGAAAAUUGAAAGGAAUCCUUCAGAAGCAACGCUGUCUGAGCUCGGUGUUUCAUCGUGGCCAAAAUAUAGCUCGGAGCCGAAGAAGAUGCCAUGGAGCUUCAAAAGGAAGGAGAAAAUGUAUAUUUUGGAAGGAAAAGUUAGGGUUUCAGUUGAUGAUGGGCUGGAUGAUGGAAGCAGCUGCUUUGAGAUAGGAGCUGGUAAUCUGAUUGAGUUUCCAAAAGGAAUGAGUAUCACUUGGCAUAUGAUUGAACCUCUCAAGAAGCACUAUCAUCUCGAGGAAGAAGAUGACUACUGAUUAUCUAUGCAUAACAACAAUAGUAGUAGUAGUACUAGUAAUGGUAAAGUUGCUUUAUUAAUUAAUUAAUUAACAAUAGACUGUAUGUAUAAUCAUCAAAAAUGCAAACUUUGCUCAAUUGAUUGAUU